AUGGCAGACGAACAGAGGGCGCUUUUGGAGCGUCUCAUGGGCAAAGACGCCCUAAUACUGCCGCAGCCUCGACGGAAAGAAGUCGAACUCACAUCCCCCAAAGUGUGCAAAGCGUUUCUCGUAGGAAGCUGCCCUCACGACAUUUUCGAAGGAACGAAGCUCAAUAUAGGGAAAUGUCCUAAUUUGCAUCUUACCAAACAUAAGCUCGAAUAUGAGUAUAGAACAAAGACGCUUGGGGAGGAGUUGCCCGACUUCGAGUACGAGUACUACAAAAUCUUGCACAAGUGGCUAGCGGAGAUUGACUUCACCAUUGAGACGGCGUUGAAACGAUUAGAAAAUACUCCCGAGGAGAAGGAGAAGAUUGCCUCAGUUACACGUCAGCUCGAUGAGUUAGAUGUGAAAAUCGGGCUCAUGACUCUGGAGAUCACCCAAUUGGGGAAAGCGAAAGAAAUCACGAUGGCACUAAAACAGACUAUCGCCUUGGACAAACUCCUACGAGAAAGAGAUGUUUUGGCAGAACAAGCAAGGGUAAUUGCAGAGAACGUUGGUCAGACAGCCCAGCAGAAACUUCAAGUCUGUGAAGUAUGCGGAGCAUACUUAUCCAGACUCGAUAACGACAGACGAUUAGCUGAUCAUUUCGUGGGCAAAAUCCACUUGGGAUACGAACUGAUGCGUAUGACUUACAAUACUUUAAAAAAGAAGUAUGGUUGA